AUGUCUCUUCCGCCCUGGGAGACCUUCCUUCUCAUUUUUAUUUUUCUUGUACUGGGACUGACGAUUAUGAUAAUCAUGAUUCUUGUCAAGGAGUGGACCGAGUACCAAGCUAUGCAGUUUUGGCCGAAACUGCGUAGUACUCGCACUCUCGAUCUGGAGUCGGGCCUUUAUUUGCUAAAGGACGUAAAGGAACUGACAUGGCGCAUUGAGCAGAUGGAAACAGAUAUUGGUCGCGGGAUCCAGCUUGCUGAAUACCUCUCCGAAUACCAUGAUGAACCCCCACUGCCUUGA